UGUCAUCCGGACGACUCCCAUCCGCUCAAUUGUAUCCGUUCACCGCUGUUGCUUGUGAUUGUUAUUUCUCAUACUUAUUAGAUAUUUACUAUUAACACUUCGAGUAUGCGAUCGCAGUCUCUUUGGCGCUCCCUUGCGCUGUUGCAGAGUACUUCCACCCGCUCUUUGGUAAACACUGGUCUGGGCCGACGUGCCUUUCAAACUGCCAAUUCCCGCGUCCCUGACUUCGCCUUUGCAUUCGACAUCGAUGGCGUGCUGCUACGAUCCUCUAAACCUAUCCCCGGAGCCGCUGAGUCGCUAGCCCUUCUCAAAGAACAGAACAUCCCGUUUCUCCUCUUGACAAAUGGUGGUGGAAAACAUGAAACUGAACGAGUGGCGGAAAUAAGCGAGAAGCUCCAGGUCCCAUUGGAGCCGGAGGUAAUCGUUCAAAGCCAUUCGCCUUUUGCGGAGCUUGUGCGCGGACCAGACGAGCAGAGUGCCCUAGAGAACAAAUGCGUGCUGGUAGUUGGAGGAGAAGGUGAUCGUUGUCGCCAGGUAGCGCAGAUGUACGGCUACAAGAACGUGGUGACACCCGGCGACAUCUACAUGGCGAACCCAUCUAUCUGGCCUUUUAGGUCUUUCCAGAGCUAUUACGAGAAGAUUUCUAAGCCAUUGCCAAACCCAAAGGAUCCCAAUGACCCCUCGAGAGGGUUGAAGAUUGACGCCAUCUUUGUCUUCAAUGACCCGCGGGACUGGGCUCUGGACGCUCAGAUCAUCACCGACGUCCUACUAUCGUCGGAAGGCGUGAUAGGCACCAUUUCUGAGAAGAACGGUCGGACUGAUCUCCCUAAUCGGGGUUUCCAACAAGAUGGGCAGCCGCAUCUGUACUUUUCGAACCCAGACCUCUGGUGGGCUGCAGCCUACCACCUUCCUCGUCUUGGCCAGGGAGGAUUCCGCGAGGCACUGGAAGGCAUCUGGGCUGCUGUGACUGGAGGCCCGAGCAAAGGCGUUGAGCUAAAGAAGACCAUUAUUGGCAAGCCUUACCAGGGGACGUACGAGUUUGCGGAGCAUCAGCUCUUGCGCAACCGUGCUAGAGUAUUCGGCUCGGACGCUCAGCAGCCUUUGCGGAAUGUGUAUAUGAUCGGAGACAACCCAGAGUCAGAUAUCCGUGGCGCUAACAGCUACCGGAGUGAACAUGGCAGCAAGUGGCACUCGAUCCUUGUGCGAACCGGGGUCUACAAUGGUGGUGAGCCAGCGUGGACUCCGACGACGAUCGCUGAUAACGUGCACAAGGCAGUUGAGUGGGCAUUGAAGAACUCACAGUGGCGGUCUUAGAGGUAACGGUGUAGACUUGUAUUUGUCUUCCUUUUUUGAGCGAGUAUUUGAUAAGUAGACUGCGACUGCACCUGCGAGCAUAGCGAAUAGACUAUCACAAUUGUAUAUAGUACAGCAAAUAUUAUGCAGCGC